AAUAUCCACCGUAAUAUUCCUUUCCUAAUGAGCUCCCGCCUCCCAGUACCUGGCGCGAGCGUGCUGUGCUGCCCACGUCCAUGGCGUCGGCCACAACCACCGCCACCGUCGCAGCAGCCGGCCACAGCCGCCACCACCGCCAUUGGCAUUGUCUCCUCCUCCCACUGCUCCUUCUACAAUGCCUCGCGCUCCUCGUCGAUGGUGGGGGCAUUCCGACGACACUGGACGGGCCGUUCUCGCCGGCGACGCUCGCGUUCGACCGCUCGCUCCGGCAGGGCAGCGACGACGUCCCGCUCUCCGACCCGCGCCUCGCGCCCCGCGCGCGCCCGCCGGCUCCCGAGCAGAUCGCGCUCGCGGCCUCCGCCGAAGCUGACUCGCUCUGGGUCUCCUGGGUCACGGGCCACGCGCAGGUGGGGUCUGACCUAGCCCCGCUCGACCCCGCCGCCGUCCGCAGCGAGGUCUGGUACGGCGACCGCAGCGUCCCCGCCGCCGCCUCCUCCGCCACCUCCUACCCGCACGUCGCCACGGGGUUCGCGGAGGUGUACAGCCAGCUGUACCCGUACCCGGGCUUGCUCAACUACACCUCCGGCGCCAUCCACCACGUCCGCCUCCGCGGCCUGCGGCCGGCCACGCGCUACUACUUCCGCUGCGGCGACAGCGCCCUCCCCGGCGGCCUCUGCGACGAGCGGUCCUUCACCACGCUGCCCGCGCCAGGGGCCGGGUACUACCCGCGCCGCGUCGCGGUGCUCGGGGACCUGGGCCUCACCGGCAACUCCACCACCACCGUCGAACACCUCGCCAAGAACGACCCCUCCCUGAUCCUCAUGGUCGGGGACAUGACCUACGCCAACCAGUAUCUCACCACCGGCGGCAAAGGGGUCUCCUGCUUCUCCUGCUCCUUUCCCAAUGCUCCGAUUCGGGAGUCCUAUCAGCCAAGAUGGGACGGAUGGGGAAGAUUCAUGGAGCCAAUUACAUCGAGGAUCCCGAUGAUGGUGAUAGAGGGGAACCACGAGAUCGAGCCGCAGGGGCAUGGUGGCGCGGUGACCUUCGCGUCAUACUUGGCACGCUUCGCUGUUCCAUCAGAGGAGUCUGGAUCCAACACCAAAUUCUACUACUCCUUCAACGCCGGUGGCAUCCAUUUUAUCAUGCUCGGUGCGUACGUCGACUACAACCGCACAGGAGCUCAGUACUCGUGGUUAGAGAAGGAUUUGCAAAGAGUUGAUCGAGGAGUCACCCCUUGGGUUGUGGCUGCUUGGCAUCCACCUUGGUAUAACAGCUAUUCCUCGCACUACCAGGAAUUCGAGUGCAUGAGGCAAGAAAUGGAAGAACUCUUGUACCAACAUCGUGUUGACAUUGUCUUCUCAGGCCAUGUACAUGCAUAUGAAAGGAUGAACCGAGUAUUCAACUACACAUUGGACCCCUGUGGACCGGUUUACAUCACCAUCGGAGAUGGCGGGAACAUUGAGAAAAUCGACAUUGAUCAUGCAGAUGACCCUGGAAAAUGUCCCUCACCAGGUGAUAACCAUCCUGAAUUUGGUGGAGUCUGCCAUCAGAACUUCACUUCUGGCCCUGCCAAGGGCAAAUUUUGCUGGGACCGACAGCCGGAAUGGAGUGCAUUCAGGGAGAGCAGUUUUGGUCAUGGGAUCCUAGAGGUUGUGAAUUCAACAUAUGCCUUGUGGACAUGGCACCGUAACCAGGACACGUAUGGAGAGAACAGUGUGGGAGAUCAAAUCUACAUAGUACGGCAGCCUGACAAAUGCUUACUGCAGACUAUGAGUGCGUCAUCGCGCAAUUGUCCCCCUGCAGGAUGCUCUUCUCCGAUGAGUAGCGGCAGCUCAGGUGCGUAUCGGGCUGUUACAAGUGACCAGCUCCAUUGGAUCAUCUUUGUAAUUACAUGUAUAGUUCUGAUCAGUACAGUUGAAGGAACAUAUACAUUACAAUCUGUAGGUUUGAUUUGGCAGUGGUAGAGCGGCAGGAUGCAAGAAUUAUGGAAGGUGAUAGAUUCUGUUUCUGUUUGUUGUGUUGGGGUGUAACAAUCGUUGUUUUAUUCUUAUAUAAUGAAAUGUGAUUGAACACCAAUUGGUGCA